AUGGAAACCUUUCCGAAAAAAAUUGUUUUGGUAAAGCUCUUUUUAAUAGUAGUAAUGAUGAUAGUUAGGGUAGAAUCAAGUACUACUACUACUCUUCACAGAGUAGGUGGCGGACGAUACACUUGGAACCCCAACGUUAACUUCUCAGACUGGGCCAACCACGAACGCUUCUACUCCGGCGAAUGGCUCUAUUUUGGGUUCGAUCCAACUAGUCACAACGUCCUUGAAGUAAACAAGAGUAGCUACGAGCAAUGCAUAGACACUGAUUUCAUAUCCAACGUGACACGAGGAGGACGAGAUGUAUUCCAACUCCUUCAGCCAAAGCCUUAUUACUUCAUUUGUGGUAAAGGUUAUUGCGACCAAGGCAUGAAGCUCGCCGUUAACGUCCUUCCUCAACCGUCUACAACCUCAAACUCCAUUACUCUCAUAUCCUCAUCCGCUUUCUCUUUCGCUGCUGUGUCCAUUCUGGCUUUAAUGUGA